AUGGUCAAAGCCGUCGCCGUCCUCCGGGGAGACUCCAACAUCAAGGGCACUGUGACGUUUGAGCAGGAGAACGAGUCGAGCCCGACGAGCAUCACAUGGAACAUCACCGGCCACGAUGCCAAUGCUGAGCGUGGCAUGCACAUUCACGCCUUUGGCGACAACACCAAUGGCUGCACCUCUGCCGGCCCCCACUUCAACCCUUUCAACAAGACACACGGUGCUCCCAGCGACGAGGAGCGUCACGUCGGUGACCUGGGCAACAUCAAGACCGACGCCCAGGGCAACUCACAGGGCACCGUCCAGGACCGCCUCAUCAAGCUGAUUGGAUCCGAGAGCGUCAUCGGCCGCACCAUUGUUGUCCACGCCGGCACCGACGACCUCGGCCGGGGCGGUCAUGAGGAGUCCAAGAAGACGGGCAACGCUGGUGCCCGUCCUGCUUGCGGCGUCAUUGGCAUCUCCGCUUAA